AUGCUCCUACGCUGCCCGGCUCUCAUCUGGAUUGUCGUUGCUUGGCCAUUUGUUGUCACACUUUCACUCAUCAUCGCCAUCCAGUCGGAGGUCGUUGUUAUUGACGACGUUCACUUAUUCCACCUUGCUUUACUUUCCUCCACCACCUCUGUGCUUGUCGUCUCAGCUGUUAUGCAUGCCUAA